AUGAAUUUUAGAGAAGCGUUCCAUGAUCUUGAAUCAUUAGCGACUGAACUAGCCGAAAUUCGAGACAAGCUCUGUGAAGAGGCAAUAGAAAAAGCGAAGUCUCUUUGUGAAAAAUGGGAUAUUGAUGCAACAAUACGUGUAAGAAGACGCCGCAAAAUGCCCGGAGAAUUGGCUAGAGAUACUGGAUCCAAAUUUAUUCAUCGAAAUUUAUUCAUCGAAAUUGAAGCUAUUAAAACAGAUAAUAUAACGGCCUCACAUUUACCGACCCCUCCUGAAAACAUUGAUAAAAAAUUUAGACACUUUAGAAAUGUACAAUUAGCUGAUUGUUAUGAGUUUAAUGAUAAAGAAAUAUCAGUUCUCUUGGGUGGGGACUACAACUAUGAAGUAGUUACUGAACGAAUUAUGCGAUUAAAAAAAAACUUAGUAGCAGUCGAAACGUUGUGGGGAUGGUCUUUACAAGGGGGGAGCACAAAUUGCGAGGAAUUAUUUACAAUGAGUGUUAUUGUUAAUGAGUCGAUCAUUUCCAAACGACUUAGUGAAUUUAGGGAUUUGGAAAAUUUAGGAAUUGAGGCAGAGAUAUCUGAUGACAAAAUUAAUGACAACGAUAUAAUGUCCGAAUUUGAAGCUGGAAUUUCAUAUGAAAAUAAACGCUAUAAAGCCAAAUUUCACUGGAAACCACAUAUGAAAUCGUUGUUAGAAAAUAAUGAACAAGUGGCAAAGAAGAGAUUUAUGAAAUUAAGAUCAACUUUAAGAAAUGAUUCUACUUUAUUUAGUGAAUAUAGCUCAAUGUUAAAGAACUAUCUUUCCGAGAAUAUCAUUGAACGCAUUCCAGUAGAAGAAGAGAAUUCGCAAAAAAACAUAUUUUAUCUACCACAUAGAGCAGUGAUUCGUACUGAUAAGACUACAAGCAAAGUACGGAUUGUAUUUGAUGUAGGAUCACAUGAUAAAGGACAGUUAAGUUUGAAUGAAUGUCUACGCACCGGUCUUAAUUUCAUACCAAACUUAUUUAGUUUUUUGAUCAAAUUCAGGAAAAACCCGAUUGCUUUCAUAGCAGAUAUUAAAAUGGUCUUUUUGAUGAUUGAAAUUAAUGAAUGUGAAAGAAACUUUACAAGAUUUUUCUGGGAUGAUGAUCCAGAAAAUUUUGAUUUGGAAAACAAGGAGUUUGACGUGUUCCGAAUGUGCAGAGUUUUGUUUGGAGCGAAAUCAAGCCCUUUCCUACUAGCAACUACAAUUAAACAUCAUCUGAAAAAAUGCAUGGACACAUUUCCGUCGACUUACAAGCAUCUGAACCAGUCUUUGUAUGUCGAUGAUUUACUUUGUGGAGAAGACAAUGCUCAACAAGCGUUGAAAACUUGUAAAGAAAGUGAACAGAUUUUUAAAGAUGCUAGUAUGGACCUUCGAAAAUGGAGAAGUAACUCACCUGAACUUACCCAAGAAUUGAAGGAUUUGAAUUUUGAAGUUGAUGAAUCUGGAAGUGCACUGGACACUAACUUGAUAACUUCAAAGGUCCUAGGAGUUGGCUGGAAUGAGGAAACUGAUACACUUUAUUUUGAUUUUAAAAAUCUGGAAGCCUUUCUCUCCAAAGGAAAGGAAACUAAAAGAUACUUAUUACAAGUAGCAGGUCGACUAUCAAAGCCAAUUAAAUAUGAAGCUGAUAGGGUUCAAGAUGCAGCUGUUUUCCAAGUAACUGGUGUGGACUUUGCUGGUUCUGUUGUUCUGAAAGACAAGUCAAAGGCCUGGAUAUGUGUUUUUAUCUGUGCCGUAUAUAGAGCUACACAUCUUAUCACAUCACUAUCAACUGAAGCAUUUUUACACUGUCUCCAUCAAUUUGUUGCUAGAAGAGGAAAACCUUCGAUUGUAUUCAGCGAUAAUGGAACGAAUUUUGCAGGGAGUGAAAAG